AAUGGGACGGAGCAGUGGGGGCAACAACGAGUAACGAAAGAGCAACCAUUGGUGAAGCAGCAAAAGAAAGAUUGCCGAAAACGCAGCUUUUGGGUGAGAAUGGGGGAAGCCCUUGUGGAGCUGGAGCGAGUCCAAACCCAGCUCUUGCAACGCAUAUCCAAACUCGAGCAUUCCUAUAUUCCUUCAUCGCCCUCUCAAAACGACACCGUUGACGACGCUGUCACCGACACCGUGGCUCGCCUCUCCUCCAUUUUGCGCAGCAACGGUGUUCCCGAAUUCUCCUUUAAGAGAGUCCCUUCUGAUUACUACGAUUGGCCUCUCGAAGCCCGUCGCGACGCCCUCUCCGCCGCUUCAAUCCACCAUCUCUGCAAAAGCAUCGUUCUCGUUAAUACGCAAGCCCCUGCUAACGUCGUCGAUUGCACCAACCGCAAUAAUUCCAAGUAUUACGUCGUUGUCGUUCAGUACACGGCUCGUUUCAACGCCGAAGCUGUCAAGAAUUUUCUGUAUUCGCUCAACAAUGGAAGUAUUGCGAAGAAGAAAUUCAACAUGAGGCUAGCUCCUGAGGAGACAUCAAUGGAAUUAACUGGAUAUGGGCACAAUGCAGUGACUUGUAUUGGCAUGAAAACAGAUAUUCCGGUGAUUUUGGAUGAGGCAAUUGUAAAGCUAACUCCAGAUUUCUUUUGGUUGGGUGGUGGUGAGGUUGAUCUGAAGCUAGGGAUCCGAACAUCUCAAUUGAUCAAAUUUAUCAACCCCUUCAUUGUCAACUGUAGCAAUAAUUGAUUUUGUUGAGGAGCAUGUGGUCACUAUAAUUUAGUUUAGUAGGAGAGUUGUCAUUUUCAGCCUUCCAUUUUUGGUUUUAAUAUUAUUUGAAAUAUUGCCCCGUCAGGAUUAUAUUUAUUUUCUUACCGCUAAGUCUGUGGUUUGGUUAUGGCAUUACCAUUAAUGUUUUA